GCCAAUCCCCACAUCAAACUCGAGAGCUACGGCUCGGCCAUCGAAGAUGCCACAAAGGCGAUUGAGCUCGACCCCACCUACGUGAAGGCGUACUACCGGCGAGGUAGCGCCAGCCUGGCACUCCGCAAGUUCAAAGACAGCUUGCGAGACUUCAAGGAGGCGGUGAAGAUCGCCCCCAAGGAUAGAGACUGCCGGGUCAAGUAUAAGGAGUGCGAGAAGGCCUACAAGGAGGCCCGCUGGAGCGAUGCCAUUGCCGUCGAUCAUCUGGCCUCGUCGCCCUUCAACACCAUCGGCGACAUCGAUGCCAUUGUGGUGGACAGCGACUAUGACGGACCGCACUUGCAAGGACCCAUCACGCUCGACUUCGUGGUGCAGAUGAUCGAGCACUUCAAAAAGCAAAAGAGGCUUCACAAGAAGUACGUGCUGAGGCUGCUGUCAGAGACGAAGAAGAUUUUUGAGGCGGAGGCGACGCUGGUGGACUUCAACUUCCCCGCGGGCGGCCGAGUCACCGUGUUCGGUGAUGUGCACGGGCAGUUCUACGACCUGCUCAACGUUUUCCAGCUCAACGGCUACCCAUCAGAAACCAACCCGUGCGUGUUCAACGGCGAUUUCGUUGAUCGAGGGAGCUUCUCGACCGAGGUCAUCCUCACCCUGUUGGCAUUCAAGUAUCUGUACCCGCAGCACGUGUUCCUCAACCGAGGCAACCACGAAGCGCAAACGAUGAACAAGGUGUACGGAUUCGAGGGAGAAGUGAAGGCCAAGUACUCGCAGUUCAUCUACGAGCUCUUCACUGCACUCUUCUGCACACAGCCCCUGGGCACUCUGAUCAACAACAAGAUCCUGGUGGUCCACGGAGGGCUGUUCUCCAAGGACGGAGUUACCUUGGACGACAUUCGCACGCUGGAUCGCUUCCGAGAGCCGCCGGACGAGGGCAUCAUGUGCGACAUCAUGUGGGCCGACCCUCAGCCCCAGCCUGGCAGGUCGCCCUCUAAGCGAGGCGUGGGUCUUUCCUUUGGUCCUGAUGUCACGAAGCGGUUCCUUGAGCAGAACAAUCUGGAGUACGUCGUGCGCUCGCACGAGUGCAAGGACGGAGGCUAUGAGGUGGCCCACGACGGUCGUUGCAUCACCGUCUUCUCCGCUCCCAACUACUGCGAUCAGGUGGGCAACAAGGGCUCCAUCGUCAUCUUCAAGGACGAUCUCAAGCCUAAUUUCGUCACCUUCGACGCUGUGCCUCACCCGGACAUGCCGCCGAUGGCCUACGCCAGCAAUUACUCGUCCAUGUUCGGCCUGUAG